CCUAUAGGAUUGCACAUGCUUCUCGCUGCAGGGAGGGGCAACCGGUAACCCGUCUAGAACUGCAGAGGGGGCAGAAAUUACAAGAGAAGGGGGGGUUACGCGGAUGGGAGAUCAGCUGUGCGGCAGGAAAACAUAGCUAGUGCGGGAUCUCGUUCUAUCUGCACAGACUCAUCGGGAAAGUAGCAGCCAGACUUCAACAAAUCGCCCUUGAGACUACAAUGUGACAGCUGAGGCUUUGCAGCAGGUGACAACAUAAACUGUCUGCUUGCUUCACGCAGUGCUCGUAGCUGCAUCUCCUGCAUUGGAGACCUUUCCUUUUGAAAGAAGAUGGCGCAAAAGUGAAUUAACACUUAGAAGCAUUUUCUGUUCACCUUUAUUUUUAUGAGCUAGAAGAGACUAGUUUGCUAUGUUUUUUUUGGCAUCUAAAUAUAAUUAGGAUCAAGCCUCAAAAAUGAGUACCGAAGAAAAGGGUAUAUCCCCGGCUCACAAAACAUCUACUCCAACGCACAAAAGUGCCUCCUCUUCAUCUUCUUCCCAGAGGGACAGCAGGCAGGAAGUAGACAGCUGGGAAAUCAUAGAGGGACUAAAGAUUGGACAAACAAGUAUUCAAAGGCCAGAAAAACAUGAAGGGUUUAUGCUGAAAAAAAGAAAAUGGCCUCUGAAAGGUUGGCACAAGAGAUUUUUUGUCCUGGAUAAUGGGAUUCUCAAGUAUUCCAAAUCGCCAAUUGAUACUCAGAAAGGUAAAGUACAUGGGAGCAUUGAUGUUGGUUUGUCUGUAAUGUCAAUCAAGAAGAAGGCUCGCAGAAUAGACUUAGAUACCGAGGAGAACAUAUAUCAUCUUAAGGUGAAAUCUCAGGAUACUUUUGAUGCAUGGGUACCAAAAUUGCGCCAUCACAGACUUUACCGUCAAAAUGAGAUAGUGAGGUCUCCCCGAGAUGCCAGUUUCCACAUGUUUCCACCCACAUCGACCACAGAAUCUUCACCGGCUGCAAACAUCACAGUGCAAGAGGGAAAGGUUCUUCAGAAUAACUUUCUUUGGCAAUCUCCCAUCCCAUGCAGCAACAGUCUCCCUGCAACAUACACAACUGGCCAAAGUAAAGUAGCUGCAUGGUUGCAGGACUCUGAGGAAAUGGACAAAUGUGCAGAAGACCUGGUGCAGUGUCAGUCCAAUUUGAUUGAACUCAGCAAGCUUCUUCAGAACCUAGAGAUCUUACAAAGGACCCAGUCUGCGCCCAACUUCAUUGACAUGCAGGCUAACUGUGUAGAUAUUUCAAAGAAAGACAAGCGUGUGGCAAGAAGAUGGAGAACAAAAAGUGUCAGCAAAGAUGCAAAAAUACAACUUCAGGUACCACACAGUGCUUCAAUGUCUCCUGUUCGCCUGCAUGCCUCUAACCCUAACAUCUAUGCAGAUGUUGAGUCUCAGAACCCACCAAGUCAAGUUACCGAUGCUAUAGAGUUUGCCAGUGACUACACCAAACUGCAAGAAGAGUUUUGCUUAAUAGCACAGAAAGUGCAUUCUCUUCUGAAAUCUGCCUAUAAUACAAUUGCAAUUGAAAAGGAGAAGAUGAAGCAGAUGGUCUCCGAGCAGGAUUACAGCAGCCACAAUGCACAGAUUGCACUCCUUAGAAAGUCCCUUUCUCAGGCACUAAACCAAAAUUCUGAAUUGAGAACGCGGCUGAAUAGAAUACACACUGAGUCCGUUAUUUCUGAUCAAGUUGUCAGCGUCAAUAUUAUUGCAAGUCCAGAAGAGCCUGGCGAGCAAAUCCAUGUCAGUCUGCCAUUAUCCCAGCAGGUGUCUAAUGAGGGCAGAAUGUCUAUGUCUGAAUCUGUGUCUGAGUUCUUUGAUGCACAAGAAGUGCUUCUCUCAGCAAGCUCUUCAGAGAACGAGGCAUCAGAUGAUGAGUCUUAUAUCAGUGAUGUCAGCGAUAACAUCUCAGAAGACAACACCAGCGUUGCAGACAAUGUUUCUCGUCAAAUUCUCAAUGGUGACCUAGUAGGUGGUGCUUUUAGAAAUGGUAGACGGACUUGCCUUCCUGCACCAUCACCUGAUAUCAGCAAUAUAAAUCUGUGGAAUAUUUUGAGAAACAAUAUUGGCAAAGAUUUGUCGAAAGUCUCCAUGCCUGUGGAGCUGAAUGAGCCACUUAAUACUUUACAACAUCUUUGUGAAGAAUUAGAGUACAGCGAACUUCUAGAUAAGGCUGCAGAGACAGAUGAUCCCUAUGAGCGCAUGGCCCUUAUUGCUGCUUUUGCAGUCUCAGGAUAUGCUUCUACAUACCACAGAGCAGGAAGCAAACCUUUUAAUCCUGUUCUCGGUGAGACUUAUGAAAGUAUAAGAGAGGACAAAGGCUUUCGAUUUAUAUCAGAACAGGUUAGCCAUCACCCUCCAAUUUCAGCCUGUCAAUGUGAGUCAAAGAAUUUUGUCUUCUGGCAAGAUAUUAGGUGGAAAAAUAAAUUUUGGGGCAAAUCAAUGGAAAUACUGCCUUUUGGAACAGUGAAUGUCACAAUUCCAAAAUAUGGAGACUGUUACAUCUGGAAUAAAGUUACCACAUGUAUACACAAUAUCCUCAGUGGAAGAAGGUGGAUAGAGCAUUAUGGAGAAAUAACCAUAAGGAACACAAAAAGUAGCAUUUCUACAUGUAAAAUGACAUUUAUUAAGGGGAAUUAUUGGAGCUCAAGUGUAAAUGAAGUUCAUGGAGUUGUAAUGGAUCAAGAAGGGAAGGUUGUGCAUAGGCUAUUUGGUAAAUGGCAUGAAGGACUUUAUUGUGGAGUUGCACCCUCUGCCAAAUGCAUAUGGAGGCCAGGGUCAAUGCCAACUAAUUACGAACUUUAUUAUGGAUUUACAAGAUUUGCUAUUGAACUGAAUGAACUAGAUCCAGUUCUAAAAGAUUUUCUUCCAAGUACUGAUGCAAGGUUUAGGCCAGAUCAAAGAUGGCUAGAAGAAGGGAAUAUAGAUGCUGCAGCCAGAGAAAAGCAAAGAAUUGAAGAAUUGCAAAGAAAUCGGAGAAAACUCCUUGAAGAAAAUCAUGUAGAAUACACACCAAAGUAUUUUCGGAAAAUUAUUGAUGCCCAUCAAAAGGAGACAUGGGUUUCCAAUGAUACCUACUGGGAGCUUCGAAAGGACCCUGGAUUUAGUAAAGUUGAUUUGCCGGUGCUUUGGUGAUAUUAGAAUGUGGAUUUGGUGAACUUCUCUCUCUAUCAACAGAUCAACUAUGCACAAUUCAGUUUCAUACUGCUACAAAACAUUUUUGGACGCACAGAACACAUGCCAUUUGCUUUUAUAUUCAUUUUUAAAAUAGACAUUUACUAAUGUAAUUUGUCAAACAUUAGAGCUAUAUUUAGAUAAUUUGCUGCAUUUGUACAGUUCUAGAAUAGUAAUAUACACUGAAUACACAGUGUAAUAAUAUGUGCUGCUGAAUGUUAGCCAAAGUUACAUGUGCAGAGAAACCAAGGUCAAUGCAUUGCUAAGUAAAAGAUCCAACAUCAUUUAUGCCCCUAGAAGUCUACAUUUCUAGAUAUCUGCUGAAGAACUAGAAUCAUGGGAAAUAUUUAAAGCAUUUGUUAAAUGACAAAGAAUAACAGUGUCUUUAAACUGGUAUUUUAAGACAGUGAUAUAUUAUCAAAUUGUGUAUUAAAAUAUAUGCAUAGCAUAUUGGCAAAUAAUUUACCAAUAGGAACAGCAGAUCAGUUUGUGCAAUACCAGCAACAAAAGUGACAGUAAACUAUUCUUAUAUAGCAUAUGUUAUAUAUCAUAAAUAUGUAAAACAAUCUGUUUUACAAAACAGUAAAACCACAAAGCAAAAUAGUGAUUCUUUUACAUCAAAAUUCUCCUCAUUACCACAAAAAACUGCUUAUAGACUCACUCCAUACUCAGGCUUAGAAAUUGACUGUAAAUGUCAAGAUUUCAGCCUCUUUGUCACUCCUCACCUUACAAAUAUCUUUUCCAGAAUCCAUAUAAACAAACAGCAUGCAUGGUCACAUUAAGCUAAAUUCAUUAGAUCAAAGGUUAUGGUAUCCAAUACAUGUGUGUAAAGAUACAGGAAGUCGAAAGAUCAUUAUUGGAGUCUACUACAUAUGUCCAAAGCUUCCAGUAAGAGAGCAAUCACUGAGAGGGGCAAACGGUGUAUAUAAAAGUAAAUGCAGUUUGUAAGAUAGGUCUCACAUAACAAAUAGUUAAGUAUGGUAUGGGGAUUCCCAGAAGAAGUCCCUAUGGCAAUGCCAAAGGCUAUUGUAAUUGAAACCAUGUGACUUAUUUUGGAAAUAGUACACGCAUUUCCCCCUUGUAUAGCUUGACUGCAUAUAUCCAUUUUUGUUUACCAAUUAGCCAGUGACUUCAGAAACAUAAGCAAAAAAAAUACCUACCUGUUGAAAUGUUAAGCAUAGUCACUGUUUUAAUUGAACAAAGAAAAAACUUCUAUAAGACAAAUUAAAUAUCAUGUGAUUUAGCUUAGGUAAAUUAUAAUAUUCUUCGUAAAAAAAUGUAAUGCAUUUUUUUUUUAAUUAUUGGUUUAUAGCUUACUUUGUGAAAAACAACAAAGAUUAAUAAAAUAUAUGUUGCCUUUCAAUGGA